GGUUGUUCCCAGGAGGUUUCAUUAACGAUUUAAUGAGUUAAUGAUCCUGAUGAUUAAAUGUCAAACACACACAGUGGAAAAGAAGGAAAGCACAGGAAGUGAUGUCAUUACAGCGGAGGCUGCUGAUUGGACAGGAGAUUCCCGGGCAGCUGCUAUAAAACCUGAUGAGAAGACACAGAGAGACAGAAGAGACGACGCAGCAGGACACACACUCUGAGAAGAUGCAGUUCUGUGGCUGUUUGUUGAUCUGCAUCACUCUGCUCCUCUGCAGCGCCGAAGGAUUCAGGGUCCGACCUGCCCGGCAUGUAGACCGGCCCAUGUCGAGGCCUCCGUUAGGACUUCGGCUUCGUCACGGAGGGAUGAAGGCGGGGGAGGAGCUAACGGCGAAGCUGCUGCGAUUGGAUGACCUGGUGAGGAUGGAGAAUGACGUCAUGGAGCCAAAGAGGAAGAGGAGUUUCCCCGGCAACAACGCCCCGCUGGACCGGCUGUCGGUCAGCUCCAUGGAGACCAAACAGGCGACGAACAAGCAGAGUAAGUCGGUCGAGCUGCAGCGGCGUCGAGUCAAUCCGCCUCCCAUCGACAGGAUCGGCAUGAGUCGUCUACCAAGCAGUCGAGGAUAGGCCCCGCCCCCUCCCUCAGACGGCCCGCCCCCUCUCUACAGCGCCCUCCUCUGGACAGAGGACUCACCACAGCCGCAUGAAAAGCAGCCAGCCACACCUGUCAAUCAUCCACCUUCACCUCACCUGGAUGCCCCCACCCUCCUGCCCCGCCCCCUCAUGGCCAUGAAUGUUAAGUGAUGGUGCAUUCAGGUGCUGCUGGUAAACUUAUCUCUCAUGUCUGAGACAGACGGAAUAAAAACCAGAUGAAGCUUCAGGGUCCGAACAGUGAAGCCAGAACAGAACCUACAUUCUCUCCAACGACCAGCAGGAGGCGACUCCACUGGUUACAAGAGAAGUCUGACUGUAUGUAAGCUUAUGAUAAAAUGACCCUCCUUCUCUCGAUCUCUAUUUCCACAAUGACUUGUUUUGAAAGUUUUUACCGUGUCACCUGAACGCCUCAUCACUCCCCCCGCCCCGCCCCGCCCCCUCCUGUGACCGGAGGCAUCCAUCGCCUCGACACUGAAACUGAACACGUGACGCGACUUACCUGAGUUUCUGCCUCGUAGAGUUUGUGUUAUUUUGUCGCAGCAGGUCUGUUGACAGCAGGACGACGUCUCCACUGCAGGAAGGACAAACAGGAAGUCCAUGUUGUCCCACAUUGACUUAAACAAACUCAGUCUGUUUUCUUCAAGCAGCACCUACAGGCCAUCAGGUGAACUGCACCCCCUAUUAAGGAAAAUGUUACAGGAUGGUGUUAGCUUAGCUCAGCAUAAAAACACAGAGGGAAACAGCUAGCCUGUCUCAGUCAGUCAGCACGUCACGCUCUCAUUAACACUGUUUCUAACCAACUGCAUCUAGAAACCACUGAGGCUAAUUUAGCAAGCUAGCGAGGAGCUAACAUACUGCAGGAAGUGCAGAAGACAAAGACAAGGCUGUUGUGAGAAUCAACAUAUUCUAACAUCAGAACACCCGAAUGAGUCGAUCACCAAGUGAACAUGAACGUUACAGAGCACCAGAACACGACCGUCUGGACCUGCAGUCUGAGUACGUUCAGGAGAACAUCUGGGUUUGUGUUAAAAUCAGUAAGUUAUUUAUCUUCACUUACAUUAUGUAAGACUUGAGCAAGUCACACGGGAUGAACAGCUUCACCUGAAAGACCGUUCACCUCAACCUCCUCAGUAUAUGACUUCAGCUGACUUCCUCCUUUGCUGCAGACUGUUCCUUUAAAACCAGCAGGCUGUUCCUUUAAAACAGCUCGUGUUGUUUGUGUUGUUAUAAAAUCUACAUCCUGUGAAAUCAGCCGGUCCGGUACCGACGUGGUGACGGUGCAGUGGAGACGUUUCCUGGUCGCUGAGACGUGACAGUGUUCUGUUCAGUCCAGUUCUGUCCUGUUGUUCUGCUUGUUCCAGCUCAAUAAAGCCUCAGUGAUCAGCUGCUCGUGUCCGUGAUGUUUGAUCGUGUUCACAGAACAAACACUUCAGUUCAGUUUAUCGACUCAAACGGAAGUUCAGGAUCUUUUAAAGCAGAUUAUUAAAAAUCUGCUGGACUGUUCUGUCCGUCAGGAUGUGAUGAUGGUACCGUCAGAACGAUUCAUGAGCUCACAGGAAGUGACGUUGACAGGAAGUGACGUUGACAGGAAGUGACGCUGACAGGAAGUGACGCUGACAGGAAGUGACACUGACAGGAAGUGAUGCUGACAGGAAGUGAUGCUGACAGGACUGUUCUCACAGCAUCACGUUGGCGUCACCCUGUGAGCUGCGGAGAGAAACAUUAGCUUCUCACAAACUCCUGAAAACUAAACUUUUGUUCACAUGUAAACUUCUUCCAGGUCCAAGAUAUUCAGAACCUCUUCAGUGUUUCCAUCCGAACAGCUGAGUGAGCGAUGACACGCAGUGAUCAGCUGUUUGAGUUUUGAUACUCAGUGUUUGAGUUUGUAUGCUGAGUUCAGACUCUUUCUCGUGACUCUUUGACAAGAUUUCAACUAGAUUCUACAAAAAGGUCAAAAAUCAUGAAAAAAGUAAAAAAAAAAAGUCCUGAGAAAAAAGUUACGAUUCUGAGUUUAGUCAGAAUCCUGUGAAACAGGAUUGUUGAUGUCGUCGAUCGGUGGACGACUUGUGUUUGCAGUCAGCGCUCGAAGACACCGGCUGCCUUCGUUCCUCUGAGCAAACAUGAGUCAGAAUUCUGAGAAAAGAUGGAAGUUUGAACUGUCAGUUUGCAUCACUUCCUGUUUACGUUUGGCUCUGUGCGUCGUCAUGGAAGCAUUUAAAUGAACCAAUCAGCAGUUCAGAGAUUGUUUUGACACAAAAUGGCUUCAACAGCUCCAGCGGAUCAACUUCCACUCUGUGAAGUAACAAACAUGUCAGGCGAGUUAUGAAACAGGAAUAUUAGUGGGAUAUUAAUU